GGGGAAAACAAGAGGCUCCCGCGGCCAAUCCGCGCCCGGCCGAGAGGCAGAGCCUCCUUCGGGGAGCGGCCGCAUUGGCCUGCGCGCACGUGCCCGGGCGCGGGGAGGUGUGCGCGCGUCUUCGCCGCGGAGGCUCAACCCGGCCGGGAUGCAGGAUGGCAGGCGCGACCAGCACGCCCCACUAUAGCACCACGGGCUCCACUCUGCUGCACCCGCUGAGCCGGCGGCUGGGCGUCCCGCUGGAUCAGGUUAAUUUUGUUGCUUGUCAACUCUUGGCACUUUUGGCAGCGUUUUGGUUUCGCCUGUACUUAAGCCCCAGUCGUGCCAGUCCUGGUGUCCGCCAUGCAUUUGCCAUCAUUUCUGGAAUAUAUUUUGCUGUGUUCUGCUUUGGUUGGUACUCCAUUCAUAUUUUUACGUUAGUGAUGUUGAGCUAUGGCAUCAUGAAGAUGGCCAGUGUUCCCAACAUUCAUAGGUACUCUUUUGUAGUAGCUAUGGGAUAUCUCACUCUGUGUCAUGCUAGCCGGAUAUACAUAUUCAACUAUGGUAUUCUCACUACAGACUUCUCUGGAGGAUUAUGUUGGCCACUGAUGAUUAUAACACAGAAGAUAACUACUCUUGCUUUCCAGUUGCAUGAUGGGAUAGGCCGGAAAGCAGAAGACUUAUCAAGUGAGCAAAGUCAACUUGCUGUAAAAAUACGACCUUCUUUGUUGGAGUAUUUAAGCUAUCAGCUCAACUUUAUGAGUAUCCUAGUGGGGCCCUGCAGCAAUUACAAGGACUACAUAGCUUUCAUCGAAGGGAAACAUGUACAGAUGAAGCUUUUGGAAGUCAACUGGAAGCCAAACUGGCACGAUAAACUUCCUGAACCUUCUCCGAUGGGAGCCGUUCUGCACAAACUCUGCAUCGUGCUUGUAUCGCUGCUUUUGUUCCUGACAUUUACCAAGAACUUUCCAGUUGCGUAUGUUGUUGAUAACCGGUUUAUCGAUAAGACUUCCUUUUUGUCAAGACUCGGCUACUUGUAUGUUGUUAUGCAGGCUUCAAAGCCAAAAUACUACUUUGCGUGGACGCUCGCUGAUGUGAUCAACAAUGCAGCUGGCUACGGGUUCAGUGGGGUUGAUGAAAAAGGCUGUUUCCAUUGGAACUUAUUGUCUAACAUAAAUAUCUGGAACAUUGAGACAGCAACAAGUUUGAAAACGUAUUUAGAAAACUGGAAUAUACAGACCACUGCCUGGCUUAAAUGUGUGUGCUAUGAUAGAGUUCCUUGGCACCCUACAGUUUUGACAUUUAUUCUCUCAGCUGUUUGGCAUGGUGUUUAUCCUGGAUAUUAUUUUACAUUCAUCACUGGAAUGUUUAUGACACUUGCAGCCAGAGCGAUCAGGAGAAAUUUUCGGCAUUUCUUCACCUCUCCAAAGACUCUCAAGAUGAGCUAUGAUGUUGCCACCUGGUUGGUAACUCAGAUGUCUGUCUGUUAUACUGUUGCACCGUUUGUUCUGCUCGCUUUUGAACCCACAAUUAAAUUAUACAGGUCACUUUACUUCUAUAUGCACUUUUUAUGUUUUUUUGUUCUGUUGGUGUUGCCAAAGAAAUCUAAUGGCCACAGCAGGAGACAGACUCCAGUUCAAGGCACACAGAACUCUGACACAAACAAGAAACAAAAAUGAUACCUCUAAAAAGGACUGCUGAAUUUUCUCUGGAAUGGGUGCUGGCUAUAAAAGGAUACAGAGAAUACUUGAUUGUUGCAUCUAGUGGCAUUCUUAAAGGGCAAAAGUUAAGUUUUUAAAAAGCUAAAGAGAAUAUUUUAAUAGAUUUAAUAGAUUUAAGAGAAUAUUUUAAUAGAGUAUCUUGAUUCAAAUUGAUUCAUACCAGGAAGCCCAAUCCAUUUGAGGGGGAGGGUGGAGCACUCACAGGGAAUGGUGGAGGGCCACACCACCACAUUUGCCCCUCUGCCAGCAGAGGGGGCAGAGGUGCCGACACUCAUUCAUCCCUCAGCUCCACGGCAGCGAAACCUGGAAGUUUGGGCUUCUACGGAAUAACUCCCGUGUUGUUUCACUUGGAUGCCAAUAUGAAGGAUGGGAACGGAGCAUUCUCAGAAGUGGAGCCAAUUUUAGGGCUGUGAACGCAUGACCUGGGGCUCAGAGUAGCUCCAUUAAGACAUGUGGAGGGCUUCUGGCUCCCCCCCUUCUAGCUGCCUCCCUGCACCUCCUGGAAGCCUUCUGGAGGUGGUGCAGUGGCACAGCAACAAUGCUGUCCCUGACCACCCCCAUAAACAGGAUUGGGCUGUUAGAGACAUUUAUAAUAACUAUCCAGUAUUUUUGAGAUGAAGAAAAAAGUCACUGGGGCUUAGAAGACUGGAGCCGUAGCAUCUGAAACAGAUCCCCCCCCCCCCCAAUGGGAUGGUUAGCGCCAAUGACAACUUGUGGAACAAUUUUACAUUUGUUACUUGAAGCACUUUUUGACCCUUCUCUUGCUGCUGUUGAUGUGUCUGUAUAAAUUCUAAAAGUGUUCAUAUCAGGUUUUUGAAUUAAUUCAUGUAGGAAAACUGAUCAAUGAUACCAACCAAAGGUGGAUUGUACCUUUCUAAGUCCAUGAAAGUCAAUGUACUUAGUCCUAAGAACAACAUGGACUUAGAACAUUGUUUCUAAGUAGAUGUAGACUCUGACUUUCAUGGACUUAGAACAUCAUGGACUUAGAACAAGAAAGUCAAAGAGUUUACAUCUACAUAGUCUGAUACUGUCAGAAUUGCAACUCAACCUUUCUGUUCUUUCCAAAGCAUGCAUGAUUUCAGUCUUAGUGUACAUCAUGUAAGCGCAAGUGGAAUAACAUGGACAUGUCUCCUGUUGAUAUUAAACUUUGCCUUGGAGACAGCACACCAUGGUCAACAAACCCCAGAUAUCUUUUGACAUGCAUCUUCCAUGGGUGAACACUCCUCAUUAAAAGUGAGGACAAUCAGCCUAGAACCAUAAAUAAAGGCAGAUGUUGUGUGACUGGAAAUACCUGUUAGAUUCGAGAGAAUGCUGAGCUGAACAGAGUUGAAAGUUGAACAGAGUUGAAAGUUCCUCAUGACAGUAUGCCAGUUGAGGUGAGAAACAUGGAUACUUUGACAGAACUCCACGUUUUGGGUGCACUCUGGGAUGAGUAAUGUGAGUGAUUUCCCCUCCUCACAGUAUCAUAAUAUCUUGCCGAUGCACUGAACUUGCACACUUUCAUCAUUGCCAAUAGCUUUUGCCAAUGUCAGUGCAAAGAACUUGAACUCUUGGAAAAUAACUCAGGGAGACAUUGUGUUUAGCACUUGCUUAGAUUUGCUAAGAAAAUGUUGCUUUGCAAUUUCCUGAUUUUUAAAGUACUACUUUUUCUUUUUCUUUUUUUAAAAAAAUUCACUUUUGUAGAUUCUGUUCCUCAUCCCCUCCAAUCCCCCAAAUGAUACUAAUCCACUUUCAAUCAAAAUGCAUUUUGCAAAAAAAAAAGUUGAAUCGUAGAAUGCUUCUGAUACACUUUGAUCAAGAGCUGAAAUGUUCAAAAUUAGAAGUUAAAGGUAAAUGGUGGGUGGUGUGAACUAUUAUCAGGUGACCACCUCUGUGCGGAGGGGGUGGAGGAUAAUGUUUUGAGAAGUAAUGUUUCUGCUGUUAUUAAUUUAGUGCUUACUUCAUCCUUUGAGGGGUAUGAUGUUUCUGUUAUGGAUUCAUGACCCCAAAGAUAUAUUCUGAUAAGAAUGACAAGCAAAUAAAGUAUUUUUUAUAAAAUAAA